AGCAUGCUGGGAGAGGAAAACUCCAGGAACCUGAGGGAAAGAGGAAGUUCUGCUGGAAACGUCCUGUAAAGAGGCUCUGAUGUCCGGACAGCGGGAGGGAGAGCCCCGGCAUGAGGAGCAGGUUCCUGUGAUAUAGGAUUGUCCGAUGACAUCAUCAGUACCAGAUAAUGGAUGUAGACGGGGACAAGAUUGCGGAGAGGAUAUUAGAUCUUACCCUAGAGAUACUCUUCCUGCUUACUGGAGAGGAUUACUCCACGGUGAAGAAGACGUCUAGUAAUCUGAUACAUGAGAAGAAGAAUGAGAAGAUCCUAGAAGUCGUCCACAAGAUGAUGGAGCUGCUGACUGGAGAGGUUCCUAUAAGGUGUCAGGAUGUCGCUGUCUAUUUCUCCAUGGAGGAGUGGGAGUAUUUAGAAGGACACAAGGGUCUGUUCAAGGAGGUGAUGAUGGAGGAGGACCAGCCCCUCACAUCUCCAGAGAGAUCCAGUCAGAGGACAACACCAGAGAGAUGUCCGCGUCCUCUCCUUCCACAGGAUGGUCAGGAUUACUCCACGGUGAAGAAGACGUCUAGUAAUCUGAUACAUGAGAAGAACAAUGAGAAGAUCCUAGAAGUCGUCCACAAGAUGAUGGAGCUGCUGACUGGAGAGGAUUACUCCACGGUGAAGAAGACGUCUAGUAAUCUGAUACAUGAGAAGAACAAUGAGAAGAUCCUAGAAGUCGUCCACAAGAUGAUGGAGCUGCUGACUGGAGAGGUUCCUAUAAGGUGUCAGGAUGUCGCUGUCUAUUUCUCUAUGGAGGAGUGGGAGUAUUUAGAAGGACACAAGGGUCUACACAAGGAGGUAAAGAUGGAGAAGGACCAGCCCCUCACAUCUCCAGAGAGAUCCAGUCAGAGGACAACACCAGAGAGAUGUCCGCGUCCUCUCCUUCCACAGGAUGGUCAGGAUUACUCCACGGUGAAGAAGACGUCUAGUAAUCUGAUACAUGAGAAGAACAAUGAGAAGAUCCUAGAAGUCGUCCACAAGAUGAUGGCGCUGCUGACUGGAGAGGUUCCUAUAAGGUGUCAGGAUGCCGCUGUCUAUUUCUCCAUGGAGGAGUGGGAGUAUUUAGAAGGACACAAGGGUCUGUACAAAGAGGUCAAGAUGGAGGAGGACCAGCCCCUCACAUCUCCAGAGAGAUCCAGUCAGAGGACAACACCAGAGAGAUGUCCGCGUCCUCUCCUUCCACAGGAUGGUCAGAUUUUAUAUCAGGAUGAAGAUCUGCGCAAUAUUAAUGCUACAGAGACAGAUGUGAGGGGCGAUGAGGAAUACAAGGAGGAGAUUCCUACAGAGACAGAUGUGAGGGGCGAUGAGGAAUACAAGGAGGAGAUUCCUACAGAUAAGAGCCCAGAUGACUGUACUGGGAGCUCGGAGGGACAAUUGAUAUCUACAGAUUAUAAUGCAGAUGAUCCGGGUGUCACAUCAGAGACGUAUGAAGAUUGUGCCAUUAUCCCAGAUGUACCAUCCACCCUUCACAGCAAAACUCUGUCAUCUGACCCUUUAAAACAAAUCCGAUCUUCUGAUUCAUCACAGACUGUUAACCAGAAUGCAAGCCACAAAAGGGGUGAGGGAGCCCUAAGAGCUCAGAAAGGGAAGAAGUCAUAUCCAUGUUCAGAAUGUGGGAAAUGUUUUACUCAGAAAUCAGAACUUGAGAGGCAUCAGAGAGUUCACACGGGAGAGAAGCCGUAUCCAUGUUCAGAAUGUGGGAAAUGUUUUACUCACAAAUCAGACCUUAAGAGGCAUCAGAGAGUUCACACGGGAGAAAAGCCGUAUCCAUGUUCAGAAUGUGGGAAAUGUUUUACUCAGAAAUCAGAACUUAAGAGGCAUCAGAGAGUUCACACUGGAGAGAAGCCGUAUCCAUGUUCAGAAUGUGGGAGAUGUUUUACUCAGAAAUCAAAACUUGAGAUGCAUCAGAGAGUUCACACGGGAGAGAAGCCGUAUUCAUGUUCAGAAUGUGGGAAAUAUUUUACUCAGAAAUCACAUUUUAUAAACCAUCAGAGAAUUCACACAGGGGAAAAGCCGUAUCUAUGUUCAGACUGUGGGAAAUGUUUUACUCAGAAAUCAGAACUUGAGAGGCAUCAGAGAGUUCACACGGUAGAGAAGCCGUAUUCUUGUUCAGAAUGUGGGAAAUGUUUUACUCAUACAUUUUCUCUUGUUGUCCAUCAAAGAAUUCACACAGGGGAGAAAGCGUAUUCAUGUUCAGACUGUGGGAAAUGUUUUGCUUACAAAUCAAAACUUGAGAGGCAUCAGAGAGUUCACACGGGAGAGAAGCCGUAUUCAUGUUCAGAAUGUGGGAAAUGUUUUACUCAUAAAAUUUCUCUUGUUAUCCAUCAAGGAAUUCACACAGGGGAGAAAGCGUAUUCAUGUUCAGACUGUGGGAAAUGUUUUGCUUACAAAUCAGACCUUGAGAGGCAUCAGAGAGUUCACACGGGAGAGAAGCCGUAUUCAUGUUCAGAAUGUGGGAAAUGUUUUACUCAGAAAUCAAAUCUUGAGACUCAUCAGAGAGUUCACACAAAGGAGAAGCCGUAUUCAUGUUAAGGAUGUGACUGAUAUUUCGUUAGAAAAUCAGAUCUUCAACAUCAAAGAUGUCACAUGGGAAAAAAAUCUGUAGUCGUAUUAAGAAUGUUUAACUCAGAAAUAUAUUGUUGGGCAUUAAAAAAUUCCAACAGGAAAAGCCACUUUCAUGCAGGGAAAUAUUUUACUCACAAAUUAAGUUUUGAGAGAAAUCAAGAAUUCACACAGGGCAGAAGCCGUAUUCCUGUUCAGAAUGUGGGAAAUGGUGGGCUCUGAAACCCAAUCUUCACCAUGAAAGUCAUCAUACAGGGGAGAGGCCAUAAUUAUGUACGGCCUGUGGGAAAUGUUUUACUUACCAAUCGGAUUGUGUUAAACAUCAGAGAAUGCACGUAGGGGAGACGCAGUUUUAACCCCUUCAUAACACUUGCCAUACACGUACGGCAGGUUUUGGGUA